AUGUCUAAUUUGAUAGGCCCUCCUCCACCACCACCACCACCCCCUCCUCCGCCACCGCCGCCACCACCAUCCAGGAAGAACAUCAAAUCUCUUCCCGCUGAACUUCUUCUCGACAUCAUCCACUUUCUCCAGAUUUGCGACUUUACCAGUCUUGCUUUGGCCAUUUACUCCAUCCUACAAACUCACGGCAUCGCUCCGCCCAUGACUCGCGACAUUUACAUGUCCAUCAUGAAUUGGCAAACGAAUGCCCAGGCUCAGGAUGUGCAGACGGAAGAUUCUUUGACCAGGUCGAGAUCAAGGGUACGUUUUCAAUACUCGGAUAUCAUCUUGUGACGUUCCAAGAUUCCCAUCAUGUGUGGAUCGUUUUGCAGUUCGAUGCAUUGAAAUCUUUCUGCGUGAACUAUGCUUGUACUGACGUUGUAUCCCUUUCGUUUAGGUUGCGCUUCUGCCAA